AUGCCAAGCGAAAUAAUUACGCUACAAUUGGGGCAGUGUGGAAAUCAAAUUGGUUUUGAAUUUUGGAAGCGCCUGUGUUUGGAACAUGGCAUUUCGCCAAAUGGUGUUUUAGAAGAUUUUGCCACUGAUGGUGUCGAUAGGAAAGAUGUGUUCUUUUAUCAGGCCGACGAUGAUCACUAUAUACCAAGGGCGGUGUUAUUGGAUUUGGAGCCUCGUGUUAUACACACCAUUAUGAGUAGUCCCUAUGCCAAGUUGUACAAUCCCGAAAAUGUCUAUCUCUCGAAACAUGGUGGCGGUGCUGGCAACAAUUGGGCCUCCGGUUAUAGUCAAGGUGAAAAACUGCAAGAAGAGGUCUUCGACAUUAUAGAUCGUGAAGCAGAUGGCAGUGAUUCGUUGGAGGGUUUUGUAUUAUGCCAUUCGAUUGCUGGUGGCACUGGCUCUGGGAUGGGUUCUUAUAUUAUGGAACGUUUAUCGGAUCGUUUCCCCAAAAAGCUGAUACAAACCUAUAGUGUCUUUCCCAAUCAAGAUGAAAUAAGUGAUGUUGUGGUACAACCCUAUAAUUCACUACUAACGUUGCGACGUUUGACCAGCUGUGCUGAUUGUGUGGUCGUUUUGGAUAACACCGCCCUAAAUCGUAUUGCCACCGAUCGUUUGCACAUACAGAACCCAAGUUUUUCACAAAUCAACACUUUGGUAUCGACAAUUAUGUCGGUUAGCACUACCACCCUGCGUUAUCCUUCGUAUAUGAACAACAAUUUGAUAGGAUUGACGGCUCCAUUGAUACCCACACCGCAGCUGCAUUUCCUGAUGACCGGUUAUACUCCGCUGACGACAGAUAAUGAUCAAACGGUUAAUGUACGCAAAACCACGGUGUUGGAUGUUAUGCGUCGCCUAUUGCAACCGAAAAAUAUGAUGGUCUCCACGGGCCCUGAUAAAACCAAUCACCAUUGUUACAUAUCCAUUUUGAAUAUAAUCCAGGGUGAAGUUGACCCCACCCAGGUGCACAAAUCGUUGCAGCGCAUACGAGAACGUAAACUGGCACAAUUUAUACCCUGGGGUCCGGCCAGUAUUCAAGUCGCCUUGUCUCGUUCCUCACCCUAUGUUCAGAGUAGCCAUCGUGUAUCCGGUCUUAUGUUGGCCAAUCAUACAAGUAUUUGCUCUCUGUUCGAGCGUGCUCUUGGACAAUAUGAUAAACUCAAAAAGCGUGGAGCUUUCUUGGAUCAAUUUCGUCGAGAGGAUAUCUUUAAGGAUGACCUUUCCGAAUUGGAUGAUUCGCGAGAUGUUGUCGAUUGUUUGGUACAGGAAUAUGAGGCAGCUACACAGCCUAAUUAUUUACAUUGGUCCGCCAAGAAGGGUCAGGGAGAGUAA